GUUGGGAUACGACAUAAGUUGUAUGUUUAUCUCAUUAAAACAUUGGAUAAGUGUCAAAUUUGUCUAUAAAAGCAUUAUCUCCGUACCUUCUCGCUUUUCUUUUACUCCACAUAACUACCUUGGCUUCAAGUUUGAAUAAAAUGAAUUAUCCAGUUAUUAUUGGCAUUGAUUUUGGCACUACUUACUCUGGCUGUUGUUAUGCUUUUGCUCAAAAUGAAGAAAUUAUCGAUAUUGUUAAAUGGCCAAAACAGAACAACAACAUUUAUCCCAAGACACCCACUUUAUCUCUUUAUCGCAAAGGUUCAACAGAUAUAUUCGAUUGGGGCCAUGGAGCUAGACGAGCUGCAAUGAGACCAAAUAGUUCCGAUUUGAUAUUAUUAUCCAAAUUCAAACUUUAUCUUGACCAGCACUUACAGGACGAAACACUACCCAAUCAAUUGAAUAUUAUUGAUGUCAUUGCUGAUUAUUUAGCCUUGUUUCAUCAACAUGUAUGCACAGAGCUCCUGAAAGGAUUUGCAGCCCAUUAUGAUCAGAGUAAAUUUCGUUAUUGUCUGACAGUACCCGCUAUGUGGACAGAUCGAGCAAAAUCAGCGAUGCGUGAAGCAGCCAUUUGCGCAGGCCUCAUACACCGUACAGAUCCACCAGAAAGACUUUUGUUGAUUUCUGAGCCUGAGGCAGCUGCCCUCUAUUGUGAAAAAAAAGCCGAGCAAUUCAAUUUGAUGCAUGGACAACGAUUCAUGAUUUGUGAUGCAGGAGGAGGCACAGUGGAUUUAAUUGUGUUCGAAAUCAACGAAUCGAUACCUGGAAAGCGAACCUUAAGAGAAGUAACACAAGGCCAUGGCGCUACUUGUGGUUCAGCCUUUUUAGACUCUAGAAUGCGGGACUACAUAAAUCGUAAAUUCUCGCAUUUGGGCCCUUUGAAUGAAACUGCAAUGGAACAUGUCAUAGAAACAUUUGUCAAUGUGAUCAAGCCUGAAUUUGAUGGCAUAGAAGACCAUUUUUUGGAUUUACCAGCAUCUAUGGGCAUAGAAGAUUUAACAGACGAAUUUAUUGGUCUAUCUGGAGGAAUGUUACAUUUGCCUGCUAAAGAAAUGUGUCGAGACAUAUUUGAGCCUGUUGUUUCCCAGAUACUUAAACUUAUUGAGAACCAGCUCUCUCAAUCACCUGAUUUGGAAGCCAUUUUUUUAGUAGGGGGUUUCGGUCAGUCAAACUACCUCUUCAAGCGAGUCGAAGAGCGUUUUGCAGACCGAGUAGGCAUGAUUGGUGUCCCUCCUCGAGGAGAACUCGCUGUUGUUCGUGGCGCUGUCUACUUUGGACUUCAGCCAGCAACUAUCACAGAGCGUGUUUCUCGCCGCACCUACGGUGUUGAAACCCGUAUGCUUUUUCAAGACAAUAUCGACCCCCCUGAACUUUGCGUAAUAGGAGUUGAUGGUCGUCAUUAUUGCCGCCAACGAUUUAGCCCCUAUGUGCAUAAGGGUCAGCGUGUCAAAGUAGACGAAUGUAUCUCGAAAUCAUUUGUGAUCAGCUAUCCUAAUGACACGGACUCUGACUUGUAUGCGUUUGAUGGAGAUGGCCCUGUACCACGUCUCACAACAGAUCCACAGAUCCAAAAAGUCGGUCAUUUCCCUAUUCGCAUACCUAAAUUAGAAGGUGUCAAGCCAGGCGAUAAAGUAACCUUGACGAUCCGCAUGUAUUUCGGAUUGACAGAGAUUAAGGUUGAGUCUGUGGUUCAGGAUAAAGUGUUUGCGUUCACAUCAGCAUUUUGUUUUGAUUCAAAAUCAAGCAUUGACCCGCCACUGCAACAGCAUGAUCCUCCUAGCUUUACUCCUGCUUUUCAUGGCACCCCUAAAAGUCAUGAAUUGUCAUAACAACAAGAGUAUUACAAUAAUAACUAUUCUUUUUUGAAUGCAAGCCAUGUCUAUCCUCCUUCUGGCUACCAAACCAACUUUAAUCAUUAUUAGAUAAUUUCAAAAAAUUAAGGCGG